CAGGGAAUUAAAUUGGGAGAAGACAUGCAACUUCGUACAGAAAACGGACUGCAUCCAUGAUUCAUGAAACAGAAUGACACAAUUCAUGAGAAUGCCAACCUUGGCUGUUAUGGUUUUAUACCGAUUCUGCAUGUAGAUCAGAAAUAAUAUAAAGGCCAUCUUUAUUAAAAAAAGGGGGGUUUUCCAGUUUUCGGUCAAUAACAGGAUGGCAACAUCCUUGGCACAGGAUGACAUAAAUUUUCUACGAUUAGCUGGUUUGUUGAUAAAGAUUGCACCACGUGCUGUAAGACGAAGGUUUGACUAUGAAUUCCAUCCAGGACAGCUUCAACAAUUUCUGAGUAAAAACCGACGUAAGAUAGAUGACCUAACAUAUAAGAAAAGAAUCAUCACACUGGCACAGUAUGAUUUAUUAUAUCCAAGAGGUUCGUCAGGAGUAUCAUCAGAUAUGUUUGAUAUAUCAUUGAUGGUAUGUUUACUCAGAAAUUUCACAGAUGUAAACAUCCAAGAUAGUCUUCCACUGGAAUCGAUUCAUACUACAGAUGCAGAUAUUUCCAGGAUAAAAUUUUACAGGAACUACAUUGUUCAUUCAGACAGCGGGAAAGUUCCUGAAAACACCUUUUCAGAAAUAAGGAACUGUGUAGUUGAGGCCAUACUUAGACUAGUACCGGACUUAAAGUCAGAUAUUGAUGCAAUGAUGAUUUCACCAUUUACUAAUGACAGUGAUAUGAAAGAUUUCAUACGGCGUGAGAAACACUUGGAAAAAACCGAUCAGCAUCUGCGUACGGUCAGCCAGAAACUGGAGACAUUAGAAAUAGAAAAUAAAAAUAUAAAAGAAAUAUUCAUUAAAACUUUGAAAGAAUGGAAAGAAAAAGACACGAAAUACAUUUCUACCUCCGCAUCUACUUUUAUACUACAAUCACUAAACCAAAAUAGAGGAGUCAUUAUUACUGGAUCUCCGGGUUGUGGAAAAUCUAUUAUCGCUCAUAAUGUAGCACUGACAUUUGAAAAGGAGGGAUAUGAAAUAAUUCCUUGUGAUGGUCCAUCAGAAAUACUUAAACAUUUUACAGAAGAGAAGAUCCAAGUUUUUGUAAUUGAUGAUAUUUGUGGUAAAUUUGCUCUUAAUCAACACAAAGCAGACUCCUGGGAGCAAAACGAUAGUAAAUUAAAUAUGCUAUUACGUUCUAGUAAUGAGAAUGAUGACACUGAUGACAUCGCAAUUAAAUCAGAUGCUAAGUUUAUAAUCACGUGCAGGGAGAAUAUAUAUAGUCACAAGGCAUUUCCAAAACUGGCUUGUUUCUCGCUUGUACAAUGCAGCUUUUGUACAAAAUAUAAAAUUUCUCAAGAUGAAAUGAGAAAUAUUGCAUUGUCGUAUUUACCUGAGAACACUCUGAAUGGCAUACAGAAUAUUUGUCUGUAUGAUUUCUUUCCUCUUUUAUGUGCACUGUACGGCAAAAAAACUAAACAAAAUCUAGUUUUUUUUAAUCAUCCUGUUGAAGUAUUUGAAAAAGAAAUUGCAGAAAUGAAAAUCAAAUCUGAAACAUCUUUUCUCUGCCUUUCUCUCCUAGUUCUGAAGAAUAAUAAAUUUUGUAAAAAUGAAUUAAUGUCCAGUGGUUUAGAACAUUUAGUAAAUGCUAUAUGCAGAGACGGUGAUAUUGAAUCCUAUGUAUCCAUGGUGUCGAUACAAAAAUGUUUCAAGAGUCUUCAAGGUAUCUAUAUUACUGAAUCAGAGAACCAUUAUGCAGCAAUCCAUGACAAAAUGUUUGACAUUAUUUCAGCAGCUAUUGCACCAUCUAUAAUGAAUUGUUUGAUAGAGUAUGUUGACAUUGCUUUCAUUGCAAAUCGCAUUCAGCUUUCUUCAUGUGGUCAAAGUAGUCUUCCCUUUGUAGUCUAUGUCCCACCAGAGUUAGAAGGAAGUUAUCUCAAAAGACAAUAUAACGAGGCUUUGAAAGGAAGCAACUGGGAAGUAUUUGGAAGCUUACAGACAGAGAACCAGAAAUAUAGAAACCUACUGCUUUCCUUUCUCAAAGAACAAGACACAUGUCAGGAAACUACUUACGUUGCUGACAAGGAUGGCGCUACACCGUUCUUUGUAUCAUCGUAUUUAGGAUACGUCGAUUUUGUAGAAUAUUUCAAAGUAAAAAGUCCUGGUCACAUAGAUGGGAAAGACAAGAAAGGUAGAACGUCCUUCUUUGUAGCGUGUGAAAACGGUCACAUUUUAGUUGUUAAAUAUCUUAUGAAAUAUCGUCAUGACAUUAAUGCAAAAAACUCUGAGAAAACAACUGCAUUAUCUGCAACGUGCCUCAAUGGUCACACUGAGGUGGCUCAAUUGUUAUUAGAAAACAAGGCAGAAACAAACAAACUGAACAGAUUAAAACAAAGUACAAUACAUUUUGCUUGCUCAAAUGGUAAUGUAAAAUUGGUGCAGCUGCUACUAUAUGGUGGAUAUAAUGUCGAUAUAACAAUAAAAGAUAACUUUCGAAACACAGCUUUACAUAUAGCCUGUGACAAAGGGCAUUCAGACAUUGUUAAGAUAUUGAUUGAGUUUGGUAUGGAUGUCAAUCAGAAACAAAAACACGGUAAAACACCACUGUUUAUUGCUUGCACGAAUGGUUAUUUUGAAACAGUUAAGUACAUUACAGAUUGCAUGUAUUUGAAACAGAAAAAAAGAACAGUGGCUGAUGAAUUGAAGAAUUUACAUACGCUUAAAAGUGGAUGGACAGUUCUGCAUUCAGCUUGUAAUAAUGGACAUACCGAAGUAGUAAAAUUAUUGAUUGAUGUUGGUAUGACGGUUAAUGACUUAACAACUAAAGGAUGUUCACCCCUUUUUCUAGCCUGUAAAAAAGGACAUAACGACACAGUGAAAUUUUUACUUCAUUUAAAAGGCCAAACAUUGAAUAUGUGUGUAUACACGCAUACAAAACUUGUAAAAAGAUGGACAUUUCUACAUAUAGCUUGUUUGAAUGGACAUACAGAAGUAGUAAAGUUAUUGAUUGACGUCGGUAUGAAUGUAAAUGACGCAUUGACGUCUGGUUCUACGCCACUUCAUCUAGCUUGUCAGGAAGGUCACCAUGCAGUGGUAAAAUUAUUACUUGAUUUAAAUGGUCAAACAUUAAAUAGCUGUGUUGAUACAACUGUAAAAGAUGAGGAUAGAAGUUCAGUUUUACAUGUCGCUAGUUGUUCUGGACAUACAGAAGUAGUAAAGUUAUUGAUUGAUGUUGGUGUGGGUGUAAAUGACAAAUCGAAGGACGGUUCAACGCCACUAUUUCUAGCUUGUCAAAAUGGUCAUUACGAAACAGUGAAAUUAUUUCUUGAUUUGAAUGGCCACAGAUUAAAUAGCUGUGUAGAUACAAACAUAAAAGAUGAAGAUGGAUGGUCAGUUUUGCAUGUAGCUUGUUCAGAGGGACAUUCAGAAAUAGUAAAGUUAUUGAUCGAAACCGGUAUGAAUGUUAAUGACACAUCGACUAAUGGUUACACGCCAAUACUAUUAGCUUGUCAGGAAGGUCAUUAUGCAACAGUUAAAUUAUUACUGGAUUUAAAAGGCCAAACAUUAAAAAGCUGUGUAGAUACAAACAUAAAAGAUGAAGAUGGAUGUUCAGUUUUGCAUAUAGCUUGUUCGGAGGGACAUUCAGAAAUAGUAAAGUUAUUAAUCGAUAACGGUAUGAAUAUCAAUGACAAAUCGACCAAUUGCUCUACGCCACUAUAUUUAGCUUGUCGGGAAGGUCAUUACGACAUCGUGAAAUUAUUAAUUGAUUUAAAUGGUCAAAUAUCAAAUAGUCGUGUUGAUAUGACACUGAGAGGUGAAGAUGGCUGGUCAGUUUUACAUACAGCUUCUUCGAACGGACAUACUGAGGUUGUAAAGUUAUUGAUAGAAGUUGGAAUAAAUGUUAAUGAAUCAGUACAUGGUUGUACACCACUAUAUCUAGCUUGCCAUGAAGGUCAUUACGACACAGUAAAAUUGUUACUUGAUCUAAAUGGCCAAACAUUGAAUAGUUGUGUAGAUAUGACCAUAAAAGAUGACGAUGAAUGGUCAGUUUAACAUGCAGCUUGUUCAAAUGGACAUACAGAAAUAGUAAAGUUAUUAAUCGAUACUGGUAUGAAUAUAAAUGACACAUCGACUAAAGGCUCUACGCCACUAUUUUUAGCUUGUCAGGACGGCUGUUUUGCAACAGUAAAAUCAUUACUUACUUGAUUUAAAUGGACAAAUGUUAGAUAGCUGUGUAGAUACAACCCUAAAAGAUGAAGAUGGAUGGUCAGUUCUACAUGCAGCUUGUUGUUCUGGACAUACAGAAACAGUUAUGUUAUUGAUAGAAGUUGGUAUGUAUGUAAAUGACACAACGAAUAACGGUUGUACACCACUUCUUUUAGCUUGUCACAAAGGUCAUUAUGACACAGUAAAAUCAUUACUUGAUUUAAAUGGUCAAGUAAUAAAUAGUCGUGUAGAUACAACCAAAAAGAUGAAGAUGGAAAUUCGGCUUUAGACGCAGCUUGUUGGGCUGGACACACAGCAAUAGUAAAGUUAUUGAGCGAUGUCGGUAUGAAUGCAAAUGACAAAUGAUGGUCAGUUCUAUAUGCAGCUUGUUAUUCUGGACAUACAGAAACAGUUACGUUAUUGAUUGAAGUUGGUAUGUAUGUGAAUGACACAACGAAUAACGGUUGUACACCACUUCUUCUAGCUUGUCACAACGGUCAUAAUAGCACAAUAAUUCUUAUAUGAUUUGCAUAUUAAGGAAUACGUUGAUAUGAUUGGUCGAGAGGACUUCCGGUAGUUGAUCUUGACGUUGGUUAUUUUUCGAUAGACGACGUUGACCGAACUUUUUCUCGUAACCAAUGUAAACAAGAUGGCGGCGAUAAUAACACCGACGUUAACAAAAUUUAUUUCAUUGCACGUUAAUCGUUAAAUUGAAUAACAAAAACAAAAGCAUUCGUUUGAAUGAUAAGAGUUUUUGUUGUUUAUCUUUUUAUCAGAUUGCAAAUUACAUGGAGGACAUAUUUUUGCGUAAGCCGACAAAUUGAUUCAUGCGCCGAGCCUAUUCAAUGACAUAAAUAUACAAUUUACGUGCGAUAGAGGUUACGAGUGUGGAAAAAAUAUUUUCCAUAUCUCCAAUUUCAAAGAAUUAUAAGGAUUAAACGCCUUUUAAAAGGAAUUUAUUGGUGUAUAUACUGGACCAAGUCACUCACAAACAUAUCAUAAGUGAAUUGGUUCAGUUUAUACACCAAUAAAUUCCUUUAAAAAGGCGUUUAAUUCUAUAGUAAAAUCAUAACUUGAUUUAAAUGCGCAAGUAAUAAAUAGUCGUGUAGAUACAACCAUAAAAGAUGAAGAUGGAAAUUCGGCCUUAGACGCAGGUUGUUCGGCUGGACAUACAGCAAUAGUUUAGUUAUUGAGCGAUGUCGGUAUGAUUGCAAAUGACAAAUGAAAUUCAAGUUUUUAUACAUCACUAUAUCUAGCAAUGAGGGUCAUUAUGUAUCAGUGAAAAUAUUAUAGUAAAUGAUCUUGUUGGAUAAAAAUUGAAUAGUUGUGUAAAACUACACCAAAAGAUGGAGAUGAAUGGUCAGAAUAACAUGUACAUUAAAGAACAUACAGAAGUAGAACAUUUAUUAAUUGAUAUACGCAUAGAUAUUACGGCAAUGACGCAUGAUGGUAAAUAGGUCUUAAUUUAGACUGUUCCUAUCCACAUUAUGUUAGUGCGAAAGUAUUAAACAUAACUUUGCAGAAUUACACCUAUGUGAUAUUUAAAUUCGUAUGAUUGCUUAAAGAAGAGGUUUCACAAAUAUUUUAGAACUGUUAAGUGAAUAUUUUAACAACUUAAAGGAGAACAUGAAAUAGAUCAGACAUAUUUAUCAUGAAUCUCCUUUAGUGAAUGUAACUACAGAGAAAACCCAACAAAGAUACCAGAACAAAGAUCAACCACACAAGAAAUAUAAAACUGAAAUCUUUCCAAGUGUAAAUAGGCUUACAGCAAAGCAAAAAGAGACCACCAAACCAUCUAUAAAGAACAUCUGGUUGCCAAAAAAUGAAAACACCCAUCAAGAUAUCAAAGACAUGACAUAUGAUGAAGACAUAAUCUUUCAAUCAGUGUAAUUGAAGUCUGGAGCUGGCAUGUCAGUUAACAGCUAGUAGUCUGUUGUUAUUUAUGUAUUAUUGUCAUUUUGUUUAGUUUCUUUUGUUACAUCUUCUGACAUCAGACUCGGACUUCUCUUGAACUGAAUUUUAAUGUGUGUAUUGUUAUCCGUUUACUUUUCUACAUUGGCUAGAGGUAUAGGGGGAGGGUUGAGAUCUCAUAAACAUGUUUAACCCCGCCGCAUUUUUGCGCCUGUCCCAAGUCAGGAGCAUCUGGCCUUUGUUAGUCUUGUAUUAUUUUUAACUUUAGUUUCUAGUGUAUAAUUUGGAGUUUAGUAUGGCGUUCAUUAUCACUGAACUAGUAUACAUAUUUAUUUAGGGGCAAUAUGAAGGACGCCUCCGGGUGCGGCAGUUUCUCGCUGCAUUGAAGACCUAUCGAUGACCUUCUGCUGUUGUCUGUUAUAUGGUCGAGUUGUUGUCUCUUUGGCACAUUCCCCAUUUCCAUUCUCAAUUUUAUUUCUUACUUAGGAUACACACGUGAUUAUUAAUCGGUAUUAAACGAUUAUUGUUUUUACAGAUUUCAUCGCAUCCCAGAUGAAUACAUAUCAGUGAACUAAUAAACAACACAUUAUACAUAAAGUAUGCAGGAAUAACACAUUAUUAUAAUCGACAGUACUUCAAGAAAAGAAGAGUUGAAAUUGAACAUUGAUAUGAGCACCAAUGAGACAACUUUCCAUCCAAGUCACAAAUUUGUAUAAAAAGCCCAUUUUAGGUCAUAUCACACUCUUCAGCACGGAGCCGUGGCUCACACUGCACAAGCAAAACAGGGCCCCAAAAUGACUUGUGUAAAACCAUUCAAACAGAAAAACCAACGGUCUUAUCUAUAUACAAAUGGCUUAUACGAAUACAUAACAUAAAAGUGUGUAUCUUCCAUCGAACAAAACAAUCAGCAAAUUGAUUUUCCUUAGCCACAAAUACCUGGUGCAAAAAAAAAAACAAACACCAACGUUUCUUUUAUCAAUAAUACCGCAACGAAGAACGAGGCUGAAUAAAAUAUACAAAUCCAUCUAAGCUUUUCAAUCCUGUCAAUAACAACGCAUUGGGAUGGUUCCCUCGGUUGACUCAAGCAGUCGAAACGAUUUAAUGACAGAAUAAUACAAAUAAUAUGACUUCCGUCGGGACAACACUUUUUCAGGAAUAUCCUUCGUAAUGAACAAUAAUUUAACAAAAGCUUGGAAAAAAAGACGUAUUAAUCGUUUAUGAGACAAAACAAACCAAAACAAAAAAGAGAGAAAUAAAUUGAAGCUUAUACAGAAUAGUAGUAUGACAAAUUUUGAUAUGACGACCAAUAUAUCAAGUAAAAAAACAGUAUUUUCUUUCGCAAAAAUGCUUUAAUAUUCAAAAUUGGCUAUUUCUCGUUACGCCAAACCUUAUUUCUACGAAUAGGUACACUCCAUUUGGGACAGUAACAUCAUCAAGUUGCAAGAUCAAAAGUCCAAACACAUUAAAUGAAUGGAAAAUAACUGACAUUUUCCCGACUUAGUUUUUCCUUUGGUAAAAAAUGGUAAAUUAAACCUGGUUUUAUAGCACACCAGUCAACUUUGUGUUACUGUUGAUUCCGCGUUCCGAAAAACUUAAAAGAAAGCAUUCAUAGAAUAUUUUGUAUCUGCAUCAUUAUAAAAUACAUCUUAAAAGGUCAUGGAUUUGAUUCAGUGAAUCGUUUUAAAGAUUAUUUUUGGAAGGCAUUUGUACCACUACAAUUAUAGAAAUUAAAAGUACUAGAACGUCAUGACGUCGUUAACUUUAUUUUUUGGUCUGUAAUCUACAGUUUUAAAGAUAAAUUAAUUGAGUUAUACUGUUUUUGUAUUUUGUACUUCGAAUGCUCAGUUCUUAUACAGUUAUCGCAUUACCUUUGUAAAUGUAUACACAAAUGUUCUUAUUGCGUACAAAAGUAAUAGUUCCGUUUUGUGAAUUGCUUCUAUGAGAUAAUUAAAAGUCAGUCGAUUCA